UCCAAAGUUUUCAGAACAUCAGAUGCAAGUUGGUCGGCGCGGGGAGUAGCUGGCGGUGUGUGUUCUCAGCACGGCUGACUAGCUUGCAAUGGCGCUGUGGACUGACCGAAUCCUCUUCUCUUUAUCACUAACAGUCGGAGUCUUUCUGGUCGCCAGUGGCCCACAGCCCGUCCUUUCGUGCCCGAGCCGCUGUUUGUGCUUUCGCACCACCGUCAGAUGCAUGCAUCUAAUGCUGGAGACUGUACCUGCUGUCUCUCCACAGACGACCAUCCUAGACCUGAGGUUCAACAAAAUAAAGGACAUCCUCCCCGGCUCCUUUAGACGGCUAAAAAAUCUCAACACCUUGCUGCUGAACAAUAAUCAGAUAAGAAGAAUCCCGAGAGGUGCCUUUGAGGAUCUGGAAAACCUGAAAUAUCUCUAUUUGUACAAGAAUGAAAUCCAAUCAAUUGACAGACAAGCAUUUAAGGGACUUGUGUCCCUAGAGCAACUGUACCUGCAUUUCAACAACAUUGAGAGCUUAGAGCCGGAGUCUUUUGCCCACUUACCCAAGCUGGAACGGCUGUUUUUGCACAACAACAGAAUAACGCAUCUCGUGCUCGGAACCUUCUCCCAUCUGCAAUCCAUGAAGAGGCUACGCCUGGACUCCAACACGCUGAACUGCGACUGCGAGCUGCUCUGGCUGGCUGACCUGCUGAAGCAGUACGCCGAGUCAGGGAAUGCCCAGGCCGCUGCCACCUGCGAGUACCCCAGCCGCCUGCAGGGCCGCUCCGUCGCCACGCUGACCGCCGAGGAGCUCAACUGCGAGGUCCCCAGGAUCACCUCAGAACCCCAGGAUGUGGACGUCACCUCAGGGAACACCGUUUACUUCACGUGCAGGGCCGAGGGCAACCCCAAACCCCAGAUCAUUUGGCUGAGGAACAACAAUGCUCUGAACAUGCGGGACGACUCGCGCCUGAACUUACUUGAAGACGGCACACUGAUGAUCCAGAACACGCAGGAGACGGACCAGGGCGUGUACCAGUGCAUGGCCAAAAACGUGGCCGGCGAGGUGAAGACCUCGCAGGUCACCCUGCGCUACUUCGGGGCGCCGUCACGGCCCAGUUUCGUGAUCCAGCCCCAGAACACAGAGGUGUUGGUGGGAGAGAGUGUCACAUUAGAGUGCAGCGCUACGGGCCAGCCCCACCCCCGAAUCUCGUGGACCAAGGGCGACCGGACGCCCCUCCCCACCGACGCCCGCAUCAACAUCACGCCCUCGGGGGGGCUCUACAUCCAGAACGUCAACCAGGCCGACGGCGGCCAGUACACCUGCUUCGCCAGCAACAAUGUGGACACCAUCCACGCAACUGCUUACAUCAUUGUUCAAGCGAUACCUCAGUUCACAGUCACACCUCAAGACCAGUCUGUGCUGGAGGGACACACAGUGGACUUCCCCUGCGAGGCUAGCGGGUACCCCCAGCCGGUCAUCGCCUGGACACGAGGGGGGAGCCCGCUGCCCACGGACCGGCGCCACGUGGUCCUCUCCACGGGCACGCUACGCAUCGCCCGCGUGGCGCCCCACGACCAGGGCCAGUACGAGUGCCAGGCCGUCAGCCCUGUGGGCACCGUCAGGACGGCCGUGCAGCUCACCAUCCAGCAGAGAGUAACGCCUGUUUUCACAAAUGCUCCAAGGGACAUGACGGUGGAGUCUGGCACUGACGCGCAGAUUCUGUGCAGCGCUCAGGGAGAACCCGAGCCUGUCAUCACCUGGAACAAGGAUGGCGUUCAGGUGACGGAGAGCGGAAAGUUCCACAUCAACCCCGAUGGCUACCUGGAGGUGAAGGACACGGGGCCGGCUGACGGGGGCCGAUAUGAGUGCAUUGCGCGCAACAGCAUCGGCUACUCCUCGGCCAGCAUGGUGCUGACCGUCCAGGUCCCUCAGGUCAGCCGGGACGGGGACGUCUUCGUGGCCACGUCCCUGGAGGAAGCCAUCCGCAGUGUGGACAGCGCCAUCGACUCCACCAGGAGGCAUCUGUUCGACGGUCAGCCACGGACCCCCGCAGAGCUGCUGGCCCUGUUCAGGUACCCCCGGGACCCCUACACUGUGGAGCAGGCCAGGGCCGGGGAGAUUUUCGAGCAGACUCUUCUCCUCAUCCAGAGACACGUCAACCAGGGGCUGAUGGUGGACACCAACGGGACAGCCUACCGCUACAACGACCUGGUCUCCCCCCGCUUCCUGGACAUGAUCGCCAACCUGUCGGGCUGCACGGCGCACCGGCGCUUCAACAACUGCUCCGACAUCUGCUUCCAUCAGAAGUACCGCAGCCACGACGGCACCUGCAACAACCUGCAGCACCCGAUGUGGGGCGCCUCGCUCACCGCCUUCGAGCGGCUGCUCAAGCCCGUCUACGACAACGGCUUCAACCUGCCGCGGGGCGCCACCGAGCGCCUGCACAACGGCUUCCCCCUGCCCCUGCCGCGCCUCGUCUCCACCACCAUGAUCGGCACGGAGACCAUCACCCCGGACGACCGCUACACGCACAUGCUGAUGCAGUGGGGUCAGUUCCUGGACCACGACCUGGACUCCACGGUGGUGGCGCUCAGCCAGUCGCGCUUCUCUGACGGGCAGCUGUGCAGCGCGGUCUGCACCAACGACCCGCCAUGCUUCCCCAUCAUGUUCCCGCCGGGCGACCCGCGCCGCGCCCGCGCCGGCGGCGCCCGCUGCAUGUUCUUCGCCCGCUCCAGCCCCGUCUGCGGCAGCGGCAUGACCUCGCUGCUCAUGAACUCGGUCUUCCCACGCGAGCAGAUCAACCAGCUCACCUCCUACAUCGACGCCUCCAACGUGUACGGCAGCUCGCGGCACGAGUCGGAGGAGGUGCGCGACCUGGCCAGCCAGCGCGGUCUGCUGCGGCAGGGCAUAGUCCAGCGCUCGGGGAAGCCCCUCCUCCCCUUCGCCACGGGCCCGCCCACCGAGUGCAUGCGUGACGAGAACGAGAGCCCCAUCCCCUGUUUCCUGGCGGGCGACCACCGCGCCAACGAGCAGCUGGGCCUGACCGCCAUGCACACGCUGUGGUUCCGCGAGCACAACCGCGUGGCGUCCGAGCUGCUGCGGCUCAACCCGCACUGGGACGGGGACACCAUCUACCACGAGGCGCGCAAGAUCGUGGGCGCCCAGAUGCAGCACAUCACCUACAACCACUGGCUGCCCAAGAUCCUGGGCGAGGUGGGUGUGAAGAUGCUGGGCGAGUACCGCGGCUACGACCCCAACGUCAACUCUGGCGUGUUCAACGCCUUCGCCACUGCCGCCUUCCGCUUCGGCCACACGCUGGUCAACCCGGUGCUGUACCGGCUGGACGAGCACUUCCGGCCCAUCCCGCAGGGCCACAUCUCGCUGCACCGGGCCUUCUUCUCGCCCUUCCGCAUCGUGAACGAGGGCGGCAUCGACCCGCUGCUGCGCGGACUCUUCGGCACGGCGGGGAAGAUGCGCGUGCCCACGCAGCUGCUCAACACCGAGCUGACCGAGCGCCUCUUCUCCAUGGCGCAUGCCGUGGCGCUCGACCUGGCCGCCAUGAACAUCCAGCGCGGCCGCGACCACGGCAUCCCGCCCUACAAUGACUACCGCGUCUUCUGCAACCUCACCUCCGCCCACACCUUCGACCACCUGCGCAACGAGAUCAGGGACCCCGGUGUCCGGGAGAAGCUACAGAGGCUCUACGGCACUCCCCUGAACAUCGACCUGUUCCCUGCACUCAUGGCUGAGGACGUGAUCCCCGGCAGCAGACUGGGGCCCACCCUCAUGUGUCUGCUGGUCACCCAGUUCAAACGCGUGCGGGACGGGGACAGGUUCUGGUACGAGAGCCCCGGGGUGUUCACCCCCGCCCAGCUGACGCAGCUUCGGCAGACCUCGCUGUCCCGGGUGCUGUGUGACAACGGGGACAACAUCACGCGGGUGCAGGCGGACGUGUUCCGGGUGGCCGAGCUGCCCCACGGCUACGGCAGCUGCGAGGACGUGCCCAAGAUGGACCUGCGCAUGUGGCAGGACUGCUGCGAGGAUUGCAGGACAAAAGGCCAGUUCAAUGCCCUCUCCUUCCACUUCAGAGGUCGGAGGUCAGCGGAGCACAGCUACGCUGAAGAGAAACCCGCCAGCACUGCGAAAGAGCGGGUAAAGCGCAGCCUCGUAGAAGAUGCCACUGAAAGGCCUUCAAAUGUGUCUGUGUCAUCGAAACCAAGCACUUCACUGAAUGACUUCCAGGACUUCGUCGUGGACAUGCAGAAGACUAUCACGAGCUUACGAAAGCAGAUUAAAAGACUUGAAGCCCGUCUGAGUAAAACGGACUGCACGGAUGAGGAGGGGCGGGAGCGGCCCAACGGCGAGAGGUGGAAGAAGGACGCCUGCACGGCAUGCGAAUGCAGGGAUGCCCAGGUGACUUGUUUCGUGGAGAGCUGUCCCGCAGCGGCAUGCCCGAGGCCCGUGAAGCUAAAAGGAGCGUGCUGCCCCGUGUGCCUGACCCAGCAAGAGGGUGCCGACCGCGGGGCGUAACGCCGGCCCCCCCAAUCCUCCCCACCCCCCC